UAAAAAGUUGUCAUUGUUAUUUACAAAAUGUAUUGUUCGUAAUCUAAGUUGUUCAACUGCUUUGGCUUGAAUUUAACUGCACAAUGGCGAACGAUUGACGAUGUUGCCCAAAGACUCUGCAAAACAAAAGAUAGUGGAACACCUUACCCGUCAUAUUCCGUCAUUUGAGGACGUUUUUGAUGAGGAAUCGUUCUACAUCUUUGUAUUCUUUGUUGUCGUCGCCACCAUUGUUGGCGCAGUUUUCUUGUCUAAGAGAGUGAACCUCAAAGAUGGAGGACACCUUGAUUAAAUAUAGGGACGUCUCAUAAUGAAAAUGUUGUAGAAUCGAGACUUGAUUUCUUUUGUAAAUAUAAUAGUUUUAGAUAUGUUUUCUUCUAAUUCCUGACUGUUUUACCAGUAUUUAGUUUUAAUCCACUGACAAAACAUACUUAUAUACAAUAUCCCGGUUCUAUUUUCGGUAAUUAAAGUAAAUUUCUGUUCAUUUUAUCUCUUGUGUUCUACUAAGCUGAAGCGAAAAUGAAGAGGCUUAUGAAUUUGUUAAUAGUUUUCAUGAUUUCAUUGAUCGAUCUGACUGUGACGACCAUUUUAUAUUCCCAUGGCAAUCAGUUUAAUAACACUUUUUCCUAUGCAUUUUCCAUGUUUUCAUUUUCUCGCUCAAUGUUUGAUGUGUGGUCUCUGGUAAUUGUGAGAACAUCUGUGAAUAUCGGUAUUGUGAUAGGAGCUAUAUGGGGAAAACGAGAUGCCUCAGCAAAAAUUAAGUCCAAGCUGUAUUUUGCAAUUGGUCUUUCAAUUGUUUUCUCAAUAUUUACACUGGUGAAACUUCUUUGUGUCUCGGAAAAUGAAACACUUACGGGCGAUAAGUGGUUCUGGGCAUUGUUUGGAUGGACGUUAUUUGCAGAUUCAUGUGUGAUAUUUCAAUGGAGAGCAGUUGGAAACGUCAAGUACGAUGCUACACAUCACACCUUGUUGAUAAACGCAGAUACAGAUGGAUCUGAAGAUAAGCAUCUACAGAAUGAUGACAACAAUGACAGUGGAAAUGGAAAAGAAAAAGCGGCACCUUCAAAGGUAAAGAAAGGAACGGUGCUGCGAAUCAUUAAAUUCUCAAUGCCAGAUUGGCCACUGAUCGCCACUGGCUUUGUAUUCCUCACCAUAUCUGCAACAGGUGAGAUUUUUAUCCCCUUCUACACUGGACGGGUGGUCGAUGGUAUCGUGAUAGACAAAUCUCAGACUGAGUUCACCCAUGCCAUUGUCAUCAUGGCUCUCAUAUCCGCUGGAAGUGCCCUGGCAGCCGGUAUCCGCGGCCUGUGUCUGUUCAUAGCAGUGCGGAAAAUCAACAUCCGUAUCAGGAACACCCUGUUCACAGCCAUCCUCAGACAAGAGAUUGGCUUCUUUGACAAAGUUCAGACAGGAGACAUCACAUCUCGCCUGACCUCCGACACGACCACAAUGAGUGACGCCCUCGCACUCAAUGUGAACAUCUUUCUGCGAAAUUUCAUAAAGGCGGGGGGCGUUGUAUUCUUCAUGAUGAAAUUGUCAUGGCAACUAACUAUUGUCACAUUGAUUGGACUGCCUCUCAUUAUCGGUAUCUCAAAUGUGUAUGGGAAAUAUUAUAAGGUUCUAGCCGAGAAGGUCCAGAACAGCCUAGCAGAGGCCAACAAUGUAGCGGAAGAGGCUUGCUCCACUAUGAGGACGGUCAGAAGCUUCGCUAACGAGAUGGGGGAAGUACAGAGGUAUGCGGACAAGCUUGCAGAAACAUUCAAACUCAACAUGAAACAGGCCUUCAUGUACUCUGGGUACACUAUAUGCUCCAUGUGGUUUGAGCUAGGUCUUACCGUAGCAGUGCUGUACUAUGGUGGUCAUCUCGUUAUCAGUGGUCAUCUAACUGGAGGAACCCUUAUCUCCUUCAUACUGUACCAAAUUCAGCUUGGGGAUUGUCUCAAUUCUAUGGGCUUUGUAUACACUGGUCUGAUGGAGGCAGCUGGUGCCUCAGAGAAGGUGUUCGAGUACAUAGACCGUGUACCAGCCAUACAUGACCAAGGAUCCAAAGACCAAGAACCAGCUUUACAUCACCAGGGUGACCAACGUCAGCAAGGGAAGCAGUCAUGCGACCAAAGUUCCCCGGCAUGUGUUCAAGUGCAGGGCCAUAUUGAGUUCCAGGACGUCUGUUUUACCUAUCCAUCCAGGCCUGAUGUACAGGUUCUCAAGAACCUCAGUUUUUCGGUAUGUCCCGGUGAGGUCAUAGCAUUGGUUGGCUGUAGUGGUGGAGGCAAGACGUCGUGCGUAAACCUGCUGGAGCACUUCUACGAGCCAGACAGUGGACAGGUGCUCCUAGAUGGACGGCCCAUACACACAUAUGAUCAUAGAUUUCUGCAUAAGCAGAUUUCCCUGGUGGGCCAGGAACCGGUGUUGUAUGCUCGGACCAUAGAGGAGAAUAUCCGGUAUGGCCUAGCUGAUCAUGAGUGGACAAUGUCCAGUGUCCAGGAAGCUGCGGAGAUGGCCAACGCCCACAAGUUUAUCUCGGAACUAAAAGAUGGAUACAAUACACAGGCUGGAGAGAAAGGAGUGCAAAUGUCAGGGGGCCAAAAACAACGAAUAGCAAUUGCCCGAGCCCUACUGAGGAAGCCACGUGUCCUGUUACUUGACGAGGCUACGAGCGCACUGGAUGCCGAGUCCGAGUUUCUUGUGCAGCAGGCGCUCUACAGGAAUAUGGCAGGACGCACAGUGAUUGUCAUCGCACAUAGGCUAAGCACCGUGGAGAGGGCGGAUAAGAUUAUCGUCAUUGAUAAGGGACAGGUGAUGGAGCAAGGCUCUCACCUAGAGCUUCUGCAAGCAAAGGGGAUGUACGCCAAUCUUGUAAAACGACAGUUACUGCUCACAGAUUCUAGCUGGUCAGAAGAACUCACUCAAGGGAGACAACCUAACAUUCAAGGGAAGGAACUUGGAAAUCAAGGGAGAGAAUUAUUAACAAAGGGAGUUAAUUUGAGUGAUAACCCUGUGUGUAUUAGUUGUGGAAAAAGUGUGAACAGAGAAGUUAAACCUGAUUUAGAAGAAAAAAGUCAUUUUAGAUUACGAUAUCGCGAUAGAUUCAGAAACAGGGACCACAUGAAUUUUCUUUUUGGGUCAGUUUAAAAUGUGUUUUGCAGGUAUCAUUGAGGUUGGGAAAUUGCACUUGAAUGGAUACAUAUACGUGUGAGCUUCUUUGUCUUUUCUACAUCACACAUGUAUUUGUACAUUGUACAAGGUUAUAAUGAAAACUGCGAUAUCUCAAUGAAUGCGAUUUAUGAGGGUAUUAGCAAGCCUACAAGUAUACGUUUUAAGUGUAAUUUCGCCAACUCAACUGCAACUUUAAAUGGAAAUACUCGUACACGUGUUUGGCAAUCUCGUUUAUGUGGUUUUGGUACAUGUAAUUUCUCUUAAUUUUGGAAGAGGGUAAGAUAAUAGUUUAUUUUUGUUUUAUUGAUCAGCUUGUUACUCUGACUGCAUGAUUGUAUAUUCAUGAGUUUUUUUGUGUGUUUUUUCAGGACUGUGUGUAAGAGUAGAUUUCGUUCAUAUUUGUUAUUUCAUGUCAUCUGUUAUAUGGAGAUUGCUAGUAUAUUAUGCUAGUUAGUGAUCACAUUUGUUAUGAUAAUAUUUACUUUUAUUGUUUUUUUCCUGUUUACGAGAAAUAUAUAUAAUAUAAAUUGUUGCAUCGUGCCAUGUUCUAUUUGCAAAUAUAUACAACAUAAAUUAGCCACUGAGAGCUUUAUUUAAUUAUGCCCCCCUUCGAAGAAGAGGGGUAUAUUGCUUUGCACAGGCAUGUCGGUAUGUCGGUCGGUCCGUCGGUAGACCAAAGCUUGUCCAAGUGAUAACUAAACAAUUCCUGGACGUAUGGUCAUCAAACUUCACAUGAAGGUUGGGCCUGACCAGUAGAUGACCCCUAUUGAUUUUGGGGGUCAUCGGGUCAAAGGUCAAGGUCACAGUGACCUUUAAUGGUAAAAUAAUUUUAAAGCUUGUCCGAGUGAUAACUCAACAAUGGCUGCACCCAUGGCCCUCAAACUUGAUAUGGAGGUUGGGCCUGACCAGUAGAUGACCUCUAUUGUUUUAGGGGUUAUCAGGCCAAAGGUCAAGGUCACAGGGACCUUGAAUGGUAAAAGGUUGUCCGAGUGAUAACUUGACAAUGCCUGCACCCAUGGCCCUCAAAUUUGACUUGGAGGUUGGGCCUGACCAGUAGCUGACCCCUAUUGAUUUUGGGGCUCAUCGGGUCAAAGGCCAAGGUCACAGUGACCUUGAAUGGUAAAAGAAUGACCGAGUGAUAACUCAACAAUGCCGGCACCCAUGGCCCUCAUAAUUGAAUUGGAGGUUGGGCCUGACUAGUAGAUGACCCCUAUUGUUUUGGGGUGUCAUCGGGCAAAGUCAAGGUCACAGUGACCUUGAAUGGUAAAGAGGUUGUCCGAGUGAUAAUUCGACAAUGCCUGCACCCAUGGCCCUCAUAUUUUAAUUGGAGGUUGGGCCUGACCAGUAGAAGACUCCUAUUGUUUUUGGGGCUCAUCGGGUGAAAGGUCAAGUUCACAGUGACCUUGAAUGGUAAAAGGAUGACCGAGUGAUAACUCAACAAUGCCGGCACCCAUGGCCCUCAUAAUUGAAUUGGAGGUUGGGCCUGACCAGUAGAUGACCCCUAUUGUUUUGGGGUGUCAUCGGGCAAAGGUCAAGGUCACAGUGACCUUGAAUGGUAAAAGGUUGUCCGAGUGAUAAUUCGACAAUGCCUGCACCCAUGGCCCUCAUAAUUGAAUUGGAGGUUGGGCCUGACCAGUAGAAGACUCCUAUUGUUUUUGGGGGUCAUCGGGCCAAAGGUCAAGGUCAUAGUCACCUUGAAUGGUUAAAGGUUUUCCGUGUGAUAACUUGACAAUGCCUGCACCCAUGGCCCUCAAACUUGACUUGGAAUUGGGCCUGACCAGUACAUGACCCCUUUUGUUUUUGGGGGUCAUCUAGCCAAAGGUCAAGGUCACAGUCACCUUUAAUGGUAAAUGGUUGUCCGAGUGAUAACUCGACAAUGCCUGCACCCAUGGCCCUCAAACUUGACUUGGAGAAUUGGCCUGACCAAGAGAUGACCCCUAUGGUUUUUGGGGGUCAUCUGGCCAAAGGUCAAGGUCACAGUGACCUGGAAUGGUAAAAGGUUAUCCGAGUGAUAACUCGACAAUGCCUGCACCCAUGGCCCUCAAACUUGACUUGGAGGUUGGGCCUGGCCAGAAGAUGGUCCCUAUUGAUUUUAGGGGUCAUUGGGCCAAAGGUCAAGGUGACAAUGACCUUGAAUGAUAAAAGGUUGUCCGAGUGAUAACUCAACAUUGCCUGCACCCAAGGCCCUCAAACUUGACAUGGAGGUUGGGCCUGACCAGUAGAUGACCCCUAUUGAUUUUAGGGGUCAAAGGUCACAGUGACCUUGAAAGCGAACUCGACAAUUCCUGGACCUAUGGUCAUCAAACUUGACAUGAAGGUUGGGCCUGCCCAGUAGAUGACCCCUAUUGACUUUGGGGGUCAUCAGGCCAAGGUCAAUGUCACAGUAACCUUAAACGCAAAAAAGUUAACAAAUCUUCUCCCACUGAUAUCUCAACAAUGCCUGAACCUAUGAUCAUUAAACUUGACAUGGAUGUUAAGCCUGACCAGUAGAUCACCCUUGAUUUUAGGAUUCAUAGAGCCAAAAGUCAAGGUCACAGUGAUCUUGAAAGGUAAAAGGUUGUCCGAGUGAUAACUCAACAAUGCCUGAACCCAUGGCCUUCAAACUUGACUUGGAGUUGCAUCUGACUUGUAGAUGACCCCUUAUGAUUUAAGGGGUCAUUGGGUCAAAGGUCAAAGUCACAAUGACCUUGAACGAAAAAAACUUGUCUGUGUGAUAACUUGACAAUGCCUGCACCAAUGGCCCUCAAACUUAACAUUUAGGUUUCUGGUGACCAGCUGAUGACUCUGGAUUUUGAGUUCAUAGAGUCAAAGGUCAUGGUCAUAACACACUCUAUCCUCACACUUUAAUGGUCAUAAUCUUAAAACUGCCUUAACGGCAACAAAUCAGCUGUCAUUUCGGUCCAUGCAUAUUUCAUUCAAUUGUCCAUAUAAUCCUGACAACAUGGCGCUCAGGGGGGGGCAUAAUGUUUGACAAACAUCUCUUGUUCAUAUUUGCAAUACUAGUACAGAUCAUCCUGAAAGGAAGCCAGGAAAAAAAUCAAAUAUAUAAAAAGAAAAUUUAUGCAAUGGAAUUGUAUGAAGUAUCACAAUCCUUACAUUUUACAAGUUAAGAAAUGUGGGUUAUUAAUUUCAAAGAUCGAAAUAAUCUAUGUAAAUAUAUAUUCUUUACUAGUACACACACUUUAUCUAAAAAUAUCUAGGCAUGCUGUAUGUAGUUAAUCCUUUCAAAAUGUGUUUUAUUUUUUCGUUUUUUUUAUGCAAUUUUCUUUCAAUUUUAGCAUUGAUUAUGUUUAACAACAGAUAGACAUAACAAUACAUGUAUCGCUUAUUCAUAUUUUAUUAAGUUUAUUAAAUCAUUUGCAAUUUAUUGCUGUUAAAGGGCAUUUAUUUUGUGUUUUGAAACUAAGCAAUUUUACAUGCAACUUUUUUCAUCUCUUCUUCUUAGAAUGUUCGAAAAGUUGGCUUUUGUUCAGGUAUAUUAUAUUUGCAUAAUACAAGGAUAUUUAUAAUUUUUAGUUGUAUAUUUUGUUUGGAAUAAAUCUCAUAUGAACCUUACAACG